CUGAGCUGAGGACGGAGAGCACGGAGGACAAAUCCCCCCGGCAGAGCCUGGUGGGAGAGGCCGUUUUGAAGGGCUCCCCGGCGCAGGAAGGCAGCGGGGAGGAAAAGGCCCGGAGAUGCCCCCGGAGGAGGGGCUGCAAAGCCAGCCCAGGGAGCUCUGAGGAGGAAAGACCCGUCCUGUGCCGGGAAGGCGGCCGGAGCUUGAGCCGGAGCUCCGAGCUGGUGGUCCCUGAGCAGCCUCCCAGCAGGGAGAAGCCCUUCAGGUGCUUGGAAUGUGGGAAGAGCUUCAGGCAGAGCAACCACCUCCUCAGGCACCAGCACAUCCACACUGGGGAACGGCCCUACACUUGUAGGGAAUGUGGGAAGAGCUUCAGGGACAACUCCAGACUCCUCAGGCACCAGCACAUCCACACUGGGGAACGGCCCUACACUUGUAGGGAAUGUGGGAAGAGCUUCAGGGACAACUCCAGACUCCUCAGGCACCAGCACAUCCACACUGGGGAACGGCCCUACACUUGUAGGGAAUGUGGGAAGAGCUUCAGGAACAGCUCCAACCUCUGCAAGCACCAGCUCAUCCACACCGGGGAACGGCCCUACAAGUGCUUGGAAUGUGGGAAGAGCUUUCAGCGCAGCUCAACUCUCCUCGUCCAUGAGCGGAUACACAAAGAGGAGAGGCCCUUCCACUGCACCGACUGCGGGAAGAGCUUCAACCUGAACUCCACUCUCGUCAUCCACCGGCACAUCCACACCGGGGAGAGGCCCUACAAGUGUGGGGAGUGUGGGAAGAGCUUCACCAACAGCUCCCACUUGACCAGACACCAACAGACCCACUGCUAAGGGAAACCCCACGAGUGCCCUGACUGCGGGAAGAGCUUUGGCCGCUGCUCCCACCCCAGAUGACCCCCCUGAUGGUGAGGCAACCCCUGGAGUCCAGGGACUGUCAGUCCAUCCCUUUCUACCAGAAAGGGACAGUCCCCUUCGCCAGGGGCAGGUUGUGCCAACAGAACCCUUCUUGGGGGGUGUGUGGAGAUUCCUGCCUUGGCUGGGGACCCCCCAAGGUCAGUG